AAACAUCUCUGCCUGGCACUCCAGCGAACAUCCAGCAGGCAUUUUAAAUCCUCUCAGGGACGCCAUGCUUCCAGCAUAAUGUCAGCAAAAGUUGCAAUUCAGAAGUUUUCCUUCCCCUUCUCCUGCACUACACGCCUUCCUCAGCAAGAUGAGGUGACCCAGAAGGGAUGUGAACAGGCAAAGGCCCUGACGCUUCAUGACCUCCAGGAGAACCAAAUCAUAAGCGAGCCGAACCUCGUUGCAGUGGUGGGAGCUCUGGUUCACGAUGAGGGCCGGGCCCCAGAGAGUCAGAAGGGUCCUCCCGUGGGGGGCACGGCUGCUGCCAAAGUCUUGGACUGUGUGGAAGCUUCCCAGACUGAAGUGGUCUGCAGACGGAGCAUGUUUGAGAAACUGACAGUAGAAAAUGAGGACCAGCGUCCGGUGGCAAAGAGGCAGCUAUCGUCUGAGAGCGCGGCCAGGACUAUCACUGUGGUGAAGAAGAGUGCCGUGAGGAAGGAGGCCGAGGAACAGAGGCACUUGAAACUGAAACCACACCUUGGACAGCGGGUGACAUUGGGCCCUGGGGCGAUGGGGAAGAGGAGGUGUCGAAAGGACCUCUUUACCAACUCGGAGGCGUUCCACAGGAUUGAUUCACACGCCAUCAGAGCUGGAGCAGAGCUUAAAGAAAAGGGUGUGUAUGAUGUAAAAACUAUAGCACAGAGCAUAACACAAGGAACGAGGAAUGAGCUGGAGAGAGUCCGUGCAAUCUGGGUCUGGCUGUGCCACAACAUCGAGUAUGAUGUGAGUGGGUACCUUGGCCACUCAGAGAAGGUGAGCUCCCCAGAGGAGGUGAUAGCGACUGGCCGGGGCGUCUGCUGCGGCUACUCCAACCUCUGUACAGAGAUGUGCAGAGAGGUGGGCAUUGAUUGCCAAGAAGUUCCGGGGCACAGUAAGGGCAUCGGGUACCGUCAGGGACAGAGCCUCAAGAAUGUGAAAUCUGAUCACCUAUGGAACGCCGUGCUUCUGGGAGGACAGUGGUUCCUGUUGGAUGCCUGUUGGGGAGCAGGACGAGUGGAUAUGGAACAUGAGAGCUUUGUCAAAAGGUUCGAUGAUUUCUAUUUUCUAACCGACCCAGAGGAGUUCAUAGAGUCCCACUAUCCCGACGAGGAGAAAUGGCAGCUCCUGGACACGCCCAUUACCCUGGAGGAAUUUGAAAGGAGGGUCUUUAAGACCUCCACUUUCUUCACCAUGGGGCUCAGGCUGAUCCAGCCUCAUCACUGUCACAUUGUAACAGAGGAUGGCGAGGCAAACAUCAGCCUCGGCUUCUCCAGACCUGCAACCUUUACCUACGAGAUCACACAACACCAGGAUCUUCUCCACCGUGGAGCCUCAGAACAGAAAGACUCCAUCAACUCCUCCUACGGCCUCCUUACAAUCUCCCACCGGAGCAUGAAGCUUCAACUCCUGCCACCUGUGAGUGGUGUUUAUGACAUAAAGGUUUUUGCAAGACCUGAAACUGCCACCACAUCUCUGUUUUGGGUUUGCUCCUUUACUGUAGAGUGUCCUACCCCAAGGGCCAUGGAGGAGAUCCCAGAGAACCCUUUCUUGUCAUGGGGCCUGCAGACUGCUGCAGCAUCUCUGGGUGUCUCUGGUAGCAGUCAGGGCAGCGAGGCUGCUGAGGUGGAGGAUGGUGUCUUUGAGUUGUCAUUAAAGACAUCCAGGCCUCUGAUGGUGCUAUGUGAACUGGUUCACCCCAGACUGGAAGCUACUGUAGCCAAGCGCUGCCUGGCUACUCAGAUUCAACCCAAUGCCUUGACGUGCCACGUCUUGUGCCCCUUACGUGGCUUCUACCGGCUGUCCGUGUUCGUGCGGGACUAUGAGAAAACAGAUCUGAAGUUCCAAAAUGCUGCAAACUUCCUACUUCACUGCAAAGGGAAGGUGGUGAGCAUGGAUGAGCUCUUCCCCCCUAACCUGGGUUCAGUGUGCGGGCCUGGAACUCGCACAACAGAGGCAGGGCUAUUGAAAUUUAGCCACACCACUGCACUGUUGAGCACCCAGCAAGGCAAGUCUAACAUCACCUUCCACAACCAGCGGGACCUCGAGCUCCACACUGUGCUCAGCAGAGAAGAGAAAACAGCAGCUGCCAUCCCUCUUUCACGCCACCUCUUCUGCACAUACACAGACACCAAAGUGACAGUGAGCGUCAGCCUGCCUGAUGCCGGGGUGUAUCGGCUGGGUCUGUAUGCGAGGAUCACCCCCGGUGGAGAUUUCAACCCCAUGUGUGACUUUGUGCUGAGGAACAGCUGUGAUCAGCCGUGCCCUCCUUUCCCCUGUGUCUACUCAGCCUGGAGGAAAGGCUGCGUGCUCUUUGAGCCUCGUGUGGGCCUGCUGGAGCCAAACUCAUGGGUACGCUUCAGGGUGAGGGUCCCUGGGGUCCAGAGGGUGAGCGUUGUGGGGGAGACACGAACUGAUCUAAAACUGAACAAAAGCAGAGUCUGGGAAGGUGAGGUUUUCAGUGGAGAUGGUCUCCAACAACUGAAGCUUGCAGCGGCCUCCGGGGAGUCAACUGACAUGGCUGUUUUGAUGACCUUCGACAUCAAGGAGGUGGAGGGAGAAGUGUGAAAUCAAAAGGUUAAUCAAAGCACUUAACUGCCUGUGUAAGUUCUUGAUAUGAGCUGACUCAAAUCAGACUGGGGUUGAGAAUAUUAAGUCACAGAGUCAAGAAUUUCCAGAAUAAACAUGAUACAUAUGGAGCCACAUUACUGCCAGUCAUUAUAAGGUGUAUGAAAAAUUGUGUUUAAGCUGAUCCAUUGAAGAUGUAAACAUUGCAGUCUUUAAGUGAUGGUAUACAAUCAAAACUUCACUGGAAAUUUUUAAAUGUUUCUUUUUAGAAGCUAGUCUUUUAUCAAAGUAGUGGUCAGUAGAGGACAUUUUAAACUGACAAUGGUGCUCAAGAGUGAUGUAACAGAUUCUGAGUGAAUUCGACUGCUGAUGUUAUGUCAUGAAGGUUAAUCUGCAUUUUGGAAUGAUUAAUGUGAAAAAGAAUGAAAUAAAAAUAAAAUGUAA